GUUGCACGGGUCAGAGGACUGCAACACAGCCCUGCUACGAGCUGAAGGUGGCUUCAGAAGAUGCUUCUGAGCCUUAAAUUACCACUGCAGCUACAUGAAGGACAUCCAAAAUGAUGAUCUUUGGCAACAAAAAACACUGGCCCACUGGGAACACAACAAAGUUUCUGGACAAGAGCCCAAACUCUGCUCUGGUUGGAGAGGGCGGUGUCAUCGCUGGACCUCACAAUCCUUGCAAUGCGCCCAUCUGCUGGCCUACAGCCUGCGAACAACAGGACCACGACAGUUGUCCAUAGUCACCUAAAAUUCAGUGUUCCCUGGGGUGAAGAAGCUCGGUCUCUGGCAGGCUAUCUUGGGGGCUGUUAUAGGAGAGGAGGAAAACACAAAAGGUGAUGCCGGGGUGAGAGGGGGCAGCUGCCUGCUUCCAGCACAGCUCGGGUACAGAGCUGGGGCUCGGUGACUGCAUGGGUGAGAUCCAGGGGCUGGGCUGGUUUGGCCACAAGGACGGAUUUACCAAAAGGUGUGAAAAAGCUUCAAUCAAAGACCAGUACUGGUGCAUUUAACAUCUCUGUGCUUUCUGCUCCUGAAAUGAGAGGGGGUUUGCAACCUCUCUCCUGUGCUGAAAUGUCCCCAGACACCCCAGCCCUCCCCACAAGCGGAUCAAAUGCUCCCAGGCACCACUCUGUUCGGUGGGAGGAGAAAUUAUGCUUGUGAUGCUGCUGGGAAAAGCUGCUCCCUGGCUUUGGAGUUGCUUUAAGCUGCUGCUGGGCUUGCAGCUGAGAAGGAGUCCCUGUCCCCUCCUGCCUGGGGCUGGUGGCCCUGGCUGACAGCCGGCAGGGCUGUGUGACUUUGCUUGUCAGCCAGUGCGCAGCUGCGUCUGGCUGCAGGCCAGUGCGACGGGCCAGCCCUCCCUGCUUCCUUGGGCAGGGUGCCUGCAGCUCUGCCUCUCGGUGGAGGAAGUAGAAGCAGAGAAAGGGGCAGAACAAAUGUAAACCUCCGCCUCGGACACCUUCGCCUCCACCCCUUUCCCUCUCCAGUUCUUGCAGGUUCUCUGUGCCGGCGUUGCUCCGUGGUAGAUACGUUAAGCACGGUUCUGCAUGUCGCGUAUGCAAAUGCCGGUUUCUGCCUGCCUGCUGUGUUCUCCUCCUGAAAACACCACCGACAUACCAGGUGACCCACAGCGAGCCUGCCCCAGGGCGCAAGGCACAGCCACCUCGCCCAGCGUGGAGGCUGCAGAUGGCCUCGCCUCCGAGCUAAACGCUGCCGUGAGAAACUCUGAAAGAGAAAAGGUGCUGGAGCUGCUGGAGGAAGGGGCAGACGUGAACUCCAAAGUGGGCAGCGGAUGGACACCGCUGCAGAGCGCCGUGCAGGCUGGGGACAAGGACAUGGUCCAGCUCCUGCUGGACAGGGGCGCGUGUCCACACGCCAGGAAGGACAACGGUGCCACCGCCUUUAUUGUGGCAGCGAUUGUGGGCAGCGUGGAAAUCCUGGAGCUCCUUUUUGGUUAUGGGGUUGAUGUCAAUGAUUGUGACAACAAUGGCUUCACAGCUUUCAUGGAGGCUGCUUGGUACGGGAACGAGGAAGCCCUGAGCUACCUGCAUAGCAAAGGGGCAGACGUGAAUAUGAGGAGGGUAACCAGCGACGAGAAGAAGAAACUGAACAAAGGGGGUAGGACCGCGCUGAUGGAUGCCUGUAGGAAUGGCUGCUUCUCCAUUGUAAGAACUCUCGUCCAAGAGAUGGGGGCUGAUCUGAACAUUUGUGACAAUGAAGACAGAAAUGCCUUGAUCCAUGCCCUCAAGGUCGAUGAUAAGAAAGUAUCUAAGGCUGUAAAAGUAUCUAUAUAUGUGAAAGUAUCUAUAGUCCAUUUCCUGUUGGACUGUGGUGUUAAUGUCAGAUGCAAAGAUGAAAGUGGGAAAACUGCCCUCAUCCUCGCUGUUGAAAUGCAGAACCCGUGUUUGGUGAAAGCCUUCUUGGACAAGGAUGAAAUAAAUAUCGAUGAUGCAGAUGAGGGUGGCAAAACAGCGCUGAUGGUGGCUGUGGAAAAAAAUGAUUACGACAUUGCAGAGAUGUUGUGUGAAAAAGGAGCAAGGACUGACGUUGGGGAAUUAAUUCCUAUUGCAAAUAGGAACUAUGCUAAUAAAAUGCAACGUCUUCUUCGCAAGUACAAUGCCAAGUAUGUCCCAGCAAGCUACGAAAACUGGGAGCCAAAGAGCAAACGCUGGAGUAGCCAGCUGCAAAGCCUUCAUGAAACAUAUCGGCCCAUGAUUGGCAAACUAAAGGUAUUUCAGUAUAUCCGUCAGAGAAUUCAGAGCACGUCCCGGGGUGGCAUCUACCUGGGGCUCCACGGUGGGACAGAAGUGGCAGUAAGAAUACUCCUCAGUGCAGAGGGGAGCAAAGAGAAGGAAUUCCUUGACCAGUGUGGUGACUGCGAACAUCUACUGAAGCUCUUCCAGUUUGAGAAGGAAAGAGGCUACAUGUACUUGUGCUUCCCUCUCUGGGAGAAAAACCUUGAAGAACAUCUGCAGGAUCCAGAAGAUGAAAAGGAUUACAAGGGCAUCCUGAAGAUGAUCUUUCAGGCAGUGAAAGAGCUGCACUCCCUUGGAUUUGCUCACCAAGCUCUGCAUCCCAGGAACUUCUUGAUAGAUUUAGCUGGCAAAAUUUACUUGGCGGAUUUUGAUAACAACAGAGAGUUGAUUGAAGACAAAAAGAAACUUAUAAGCUCAGACUUAGAGGAUCUCAGCAGGCUCGUGCUGUAUGUUUUAGCAGGGGGUAGGAAACCCCUUUGUGAAGUCAGUAUUGAGGAUUUGGAUGCAGAUUCCCCAGAUUACGAGGAAGCUCUGGACCUUAUAGAGCGCCUGGACUAUCAUGAUGAGCAGGGAUGGGAUGGUCUGAGCAAACACCCCUAUUUCUGGAGCAAACAGACCAGGUUCAAAUUCCUGAAGAGUAUCUGGAAUAAAAUCAAGGACCUCCAAAGGAAUAAAGAUCCUUUUAAAGCUCUUAAUGCUAGGAGUCCUUACCCAUGCUGGACUGAGAAGAUUCAUCCAGAGGUUCUGCAUAACAUGGAAAAAUCCAGUUAUGGAAAUAAAAUCCAUUAUAAAAACAGUGUCACAGACCUUCUGAGGUUCAUGAGAAACCUGGAUGAACACCCCAAUAAAAGGAUCGAUGAAAUAACAGGGGACUAUGCUGAGUAUUUCCUGAAGCAUUUUCCAGCACUGACCAUUUACGUCUACAACUGUUUACGCCGGCAUCCCAACUACAGCCACUUCGUAGACAUUCAGGACCCUCCUCUGUAGGAGGCUGUUGCCUCACGUCCCAUGUCUGAUCCCCACUUGCUCUGCCUACUUUUAUUUCCUGUUUCUUCAGCUAAAAAAAGAGUUGAAGAAAGUGGGUAAAGAGAUGGGAAAGAGCACAUGCAGGUACAGAGCAUGGAGAAAUGAAAGGUGCUUCAGAAGAAGUGGUUGGUGUAAGGACCAUGGACUUGGGCGAGGAGCCAGGCUGAGUGCCAGCCCAGGUCCCCUGUGACUCCCUGUCCCCAUCUCCCUGAUUUGUACAGAGAGCAAGGAGAUGUGGGACAGGCCCCAUAUUUCCAAUCCAUGCAAGAGGCAGGAGAAGAGGCCAGGUAUUGCCAACCAGGGACUCUGAUGAAGGAGUUUCCCUAGCAGGAAGCUCUACAGAUAGCACUUAUGAGCCACCCGGGUACCCCUAUCAAGACAUGAAUUCCCUUCUUCCACUUCUUGAACACAGCAGCCAGAAGCAGGGAUGCUGUUGGUGCCCGGCCCUGCUGUUCAUACACAGCAGCCCAGAGCUCUGCUACUGGGGCUGAGCAGCACAAACCCAUUUCUGGAGCCUUGUGGCAUCCUGAUGGCCCAAGGGCUCGUUUGUUUCUCUGCCAGCAGUUCUCACGGGGCUGCACGAUGAUUAUACGUUGCUGGAAAUGUUUUCUAGCUGUUGAAAGGAUUUUUAGUGUUUUUUGAAAACUGAUUAUUGUUGUUUCUAUUAACCUAUGAAGAACCAAACUGGGAAUAAAUUUGGAAAAAUGUUUCCUACA